CUGCGCGCGGGGGGCGAGCGGCGGCGGCGAUGUUCAGCUGGCUGGGCUCCGACCACCGCCGGAGGAAGGACCCCGAGGUCUUCCAGACGGUGAGCGAGGGGCUCAAGAAACUCUACAGGAGCAAGCUGCUGCCCCUGGAAGAGCAUUACCGCUUCCACGAGUUCCACUCGCCCGCCCUGGAGGAUGCCGACUUUGACAACAAGCCCAUGGUCUUGCUGGUGGGCCAGUACUCCACCGGGAAGACCACUUUCAUCAGGUACCUGCUGGAACAGGAUUUUCCAGGCAUGAGGAUUGGGCCCGAGCCGACCACCGACUCCUUCAUUGCAGUGAUGCAGGGUGAGGCCGAGGGGGUCAUCCCCGGGAACGCCCUCGUGGUGGAUCCUAAGAAGCCCUUCCGGAAACUCAACACUUUUGGCAAUGCCUUCUUGAACAGGUUCAUGUGUGCCCAGCUGCCCAACCCCGUGCUCGAGAGCAUCAGCAUCAUCGACACACCAGGGAUCCUCUCCGGGGAGAAGCAAAGGAUUAGCCGAGGGUAUGACUUUGCCGCUGUCCUCGAGUGGUUCGCGGAGCGGGUUGACCGCAUCAUCUUGCUCUUUGACGCCCACAAGCUGGACAUCUCUGAUGAGUUCUCAGAAGUCAUCAAGGCCCUGAAGAACCACGAGGACAAGAUGCGGGUGGUGCUGAACAAGGCCGACCAGAUCGAGACCCAGCAGCUGAUGCGGGUGUACGGGGCCCUCAUGUGGUCCCUGGGGAAGAUCGUGAACACCCCGGAGGUGAUCCGAGUCUACAUCGGCUCCUUCUGGUCCCACCCCCUUCUCAUCCCCGACAACCGGAAGCUCUUUGAGGCCGAGGAGCAGGACCUGUUCAAGGACAUCCAGAGUCUGCCCCGAAACGCCGCUCUGCGCAAGCUCAACGACCUCAUCAAGAGAGCCAGGCUGGCCAAGGUCCACGCCUACAUCAUCAGCUCUCUGAAGAAGGAGAUGCCCUCGGUGUUCGGGAAGGACACCAAGAAGAAGGAGCUGGUGAACAACCUGCCCGAGAUUUACGGCCGCAUCGAGCGGGAGCACCAGAUCUCGCCUGGGGACUUCCCCAACCUGAAGAGGAUGCAGGACCAGCUGCAGGCCCAGGACUUUAGCAAAUUCCAGCCCCUGAAAAGCAAGCUGCUGGAGGUGGUGGAUGACAUGCUGGCCCACGACAUUGCCCAGCUCAUGGUGCUGGUGCGCCAGGAGGAGUCACAGCGGCCCACCCAGAUGGUGAAGGGUGGAGCGUUCGAGGGCACCCUGCAUGGCCCCUUCGGGCGCGGCUAUGGGGAGGGGGCUGGGGAGGGCAUCGAUGAUGCUGAGUGGAUCGUGGCCAGGGACAAGCCCAUGUACGACGAGAUCUUCUAUACCCUGUCGCCGGUGGACGGCAAGAUCACGGGGGCCAAUGCCAAGAAGGAGAUGCUGCGCUCAAAGCUGCCCAACAGCGUGCUGGGCAAGAUCUGGAAGCUGGCCGACGUCGACAAGGAUGGCAUGUUGGAUGACGAGGAGUUUGCACUGGCCAACCACCUAAUUAAGAUCAAGCUGGAGGGGCAUGAGCUGCCCAGUGAGCUGCCCGCCCACCUCCUGCCCCCAUCCAAGAGGAAAGUUGCCGAGUGAUGGGAGCAGGGGGAGGUUCAGAGCAGGCGGGUGUUAUGGGAGAUGGGAGGGAUGAUCUCACUCAC